AGGGACGAGGGCAGAAGAUGGCCAGGAAGAGGAAAAACCCCAGCGUCAAGGGUGAUCCAAGGAGAUUUGACCCAGAAUUCAAGGGGCCUGUUGUCGAGAGGAAUUUUACAGAUGUUCUGUGCUGCAUGAUCUUCCUGCUGUUUAUUACGGGCUACAUUAUUAUAGGACUUGUAGCCUGGGUACAUGGCGACCCCAGAAGAGUGGCCUAUCCUACAGACAGCCAGGGUCACUUUUGUGGUCAGAAGGGCACUCCCAAUGAGAACAAGACCAUUUUGUUUUACUUUAACCUGUUAAAAUGUGCCCAUCCCUCCAUUCUGGUAGGCCUACAGUGUCCUACCACACAGAUCUGUGUCUCUAAGUGCCCAGAAAGAUUUUUAACCUAUGUGGAAAUGCAAAUUGUGCACACAGCAAAUGAAAGUAAUUGGCAAUACUACCGUCAAUUUUGCAAGCCUAAUGCUGAGCCUGUAAAGACCCUCUCAGAAGCCUUAAUGGAUGAUGAGUGCCCCCCGGCAGUUUUUCCAAGCAAACCUUUUCUCCAGAGGUGUUUGCCUGAUUUCUCUAAAAAUGGCUCUUUAACAGUAGGAAAUAAGAUGCUGUUUGAAGAUGGAAGUGGAAAAACAAGAAAUGUACUAGAACUCAGAGAGGCUUCAAAUGCUGUCAAUAAACUCCUUGAUGCAAGGGCAAUUGGAUCAAAAGUGUUUGAGGACUACGCAGUGACAUGGUAUUGGAUCCUCUUUGGCCUAUGUAUUGCCAUGGUCCUUAGUUGGACAUUUUUGAUACUCCUGAAGUACAUAGCUGGAUUCCUCUUCUGGAUGUUUGCAUUUGGUGUACUUGGAAUUAUAGGAUAUGGAAUAUGGUACUGUUACCAGGAAUACAACAAUCUUCAGGAGCACCCAAAUUCUACACUCACUAUAUAUGACAUUGGGAUUGAGACUAACAUAAGCAUGUACUUUAAAUUGAAACAGACAUGGUUCACAUUUUUGAUAAUACUCAGCAUCAUUGAAGUGAUUAUCCUCAUCUUGCUGAUCUACUUCAGGAAACGAAUCCGUGUCGCCAUUGUUCUGCUGAAGGAAGGGAGCAAAGCCAUUGGAUGCAUUCCUAGUACUUUAAUUUAUCCAGUUUUAACUUUCUUUCUGCUCUUAAUCUGCAUUUCCUACUGGGUUGUGACAGCAGUUUUUUUGGCUACAUCAGGGGUACCUAUAUACACAGUUGUAGCCCCAGAGGAACCAUGCAUACAUGCAAAUAAAAUCUGUGACCCAGAGAUUUUUAACACAACUGAAAUUCCCAAAGUUUGCCCGGGGGCUCAUUGUAACUUUGCUUUCUAUGGUGGACAGAGUCUGUACCAUCAGUACAUCACUACCUUCCAUAUGUACAAUCUAUUUGUCUUUAUCUGGCUUGUAAACUUUGUCAUUGCAUUGGGUCAGUGUGCCCUUGCUGGUGCCUUUGCUGCUUAUUACUGGGCCAUGAAAAAACCUGAUGAUAUUCCACCAUUUCCACUUUUUACUGCAUUUGGAUACGCUAUACGAUAUCACACAGGAUCCCUAGCAUUUGGAGCUUUAAUUCUUUCAAUAGUUCAAAUGUUUAAAAUGAUCCUAGAAUACAUGGACGGCCGUCUUAAAAGUGCCCAGAACAGCAUUUCCAGAUUUCUACAAUGCUGCAUGACAUGCUGUUUUUGGUGUUUCGAAAAAAUGGUAAAGUUUUUAAACAGAAAUGCCUAUAUUAUGAUUGCAAUAUAUGGCAAAAACUUCUGCAUAUCAACAAGAGAUGCUUUCAAUCUGCUGAUGAGAAACAUUAUAAGAGUUGCAGUUACAGAUGAAGUUACACAAUUUAUAUUACUCCUGGGAAAAAUUCUAAUUUCUGGGUUUAUAGGUAUCCUGGCCUUCUUAGUCUUCACACAGAAAAUACCAAUGAUUGUAGAAGGACCAACAUCUUUAAAUUACUACUGGGUACCUUUGCUGACUGUCAUUUUUGGAUCUUACCUAAUUGCUCAGGGGUGCUUCAGCGUCUAUGCAAUGUGUGUUGAAACAAUUUUCAUCUGCUUCUUGGAAGAUUUAGAACGAAAUGAAGGUUCUGAAGCAAAACCCUAUUUCGUGACUCAAUCUCUGAUGAAGCUUUUGAUGGAGGAAGAUUCAAACUAAGAACCAGUAGAACAACAAACUGGUCAUCCUGCCGCGUGUUACCUUCCCGCGUCUGCUGUCUGCGUGACACUUGUUUCAUAAGUGCUUUGUGUUUGGCGACACUGUAUUCACGACCUUGUUGGCUUGCAUUUGCAUGUUUUAUACCAAAGCUUAUAUUGUAAUAUGUAAAGCCAUCAGAAGUUGCAAGGGAAUUGUUAAUAACAUGGAACAUUUUUAUACUAAUAUCUUUUGUUUUGUAAUUCAUUUUUAAAUAAGAGUGGCUUGGAUGUUUUGAAAAUACUACUGUGUUAAUAUUCUUUUAGAUAUUAGAUUGGAAAAGGGUACACUAUUAAAUUGAUAGCUCCUAAUAUAUUUUUAAGAUGACAAAUAAAAGACUUCUUCUGCAGGGAAAAUUGGUAAACAAAAUGAAAUAAACAUUUUUAGGGCUUUCCCCACUCCUGUUUGACAGUAAACCAGUAAAAGGACCACCCCACUCCAGUCUUUGCUGUUUUUAGUAUAGAAUGUUUCCUGUUAAGCAAAUUGCCAAUCAUCCAGCCUUUACUACUUCGUCCUCUGACAAAGUGCCUUACUGGCUAAUACUACCCAGCUUUCAUGGGCAAGUUUACAAACAUUGUUUUAAAAAAAUUAAAACCUGCGAUGUUUAGUGAUUAAAACAAGUCUUCUUGCAUUUGUUUUCCUCUUGCUCACUGAAUGGAAC